AUGUUGGGAGGCUGGCUGAUUACCGUAAGCAUUCUGCUGGUUGUAGAGGCUUCUAAAGCUCACGGAAUCUUCAAUGGAGCUUACUUGGUGUUGGGGUUGGAUCAGGAAAAGCUGAACCAGAUUCUGAAGAGCACUCAGAUCUUGUCUGAAUUGGGCUUCUCUUCAAGCUCUACUGAAGUGAAGAAAGUGGAAACAAAGAUUGGUACUGUGGUUAAAGAACAAGAUGUUAAGGAAGGAGUUACCAAGAGUGUCAGUGUGGUCAAGAACUCUAGCAGUGGUAGUUCUGGUACUGAAUCCAUCUCUUCUAGCGGUGUUUCUAAAACUGUACUUAGCUCUUCUAGUAGCAACUCUGGUACUGAGUCUAGCUCGUCUAGUAGUAGCUCUGGUUCUCAAUCUAGCUCUUCCAGUAGUACUUCUAGUGCUGAAUCGAGUGAAUUCAGCUACUUGUUCAACGCCAACUACACUUUCAAUGUUGACACUGAAAAGAUCAAGAACGAAAAGUGCUUCAAGUAUGUUGUCGAUGAAAAGAACCAAGGUAAGCUAAUAAAAAGUUGACAAAAUGUUACCUAAAAACAUAAUUUUGAAUUUUAAAACAAAAAUUUAAAGUUUCACUAUAAAAAUUAAGUUACAUUACAAUAAAAAGUUUAAAAUUUUGACAUAACAUAGUUACAUUACCUUUAACACAAUAUCUUUAGAUACCUGCCACAAGUUCUUGUCGGACAACAAGCUUGAGAAGGUAGAAGACCUUGAGUUCAAUGACUUCUUCGAGUUGACUUCCAUCUACCAAGAAGAGAUUCCAAAGAUCAGUGGCUUCGGAGACAUUAAGGGAAUCUUCGAGAAGCGUAGCCCAACCUUCCUCAGCAUUUGGCAGGUUCUGAUUAGCUUUUUCCAAGAGAAAAUCACAUGGAGAACUAGUCGAACGAACGAUCAGACCGUUCAGGCCUUCAAGGAUGUAAGGUUUUUUAUUUUUUUAAAGUGCUUCCUAGUUUGGUUACUGUAGUUUGGAAUAAUUUCUUGUACUAUUAUACGUACUACAUUCUCAGUAAAUUAAUGUUGUUUUAGUUAGGAGCAAUUGGACUAGACUGGGCCAAGAACGUUAGCUCUUUGUGGGAAAAGACUUCAGAUGAUGUCAAGAGUAACAUCGCCAACUUGUGCAAUACUACCACUCAGUUUGUCAAGAGCAACGCGACUCAAAAGAUCAUUUCUAUCACCUACACCACUAACAUUACUACUGUUUUUAGUUAA